AUGAAAAAUUUGGUGCUUCUUGUGUGCCAACAAAAUGAGGUGAUGUUGAGAGUGACUGAAGAGGAAGAAGUGGUCGAUUGUGACCAACAAUCCGAUCGACGCCCGAAAUGGAUGCACACUAUUUGGUCGGCUUUAAAGAGGGGCACCAUUUGGUUGGGAAAAAUUGACCACAAAAUGUAUGAACAAUCUGUUCCCUCGCCGUCGCAAUUGUCGGUCAUAAGCGGCCUAUCAAUUGAUUCACAAGUAAUCGAUGAUAUGAUAGAUGUCUUCAAUAUCUGUGGAGACAAUCAAUUGGUGGACAACAUUCCCAAAGAGUGUCGAGUGUGCGGACGGAACGGACCAAAAGACCAAAUCGGGUAUAAAUACGGCGGCGGCCUAUCGUGUAAUGCCUGUCGACUUGUGUUUAAAAACCACGCAAAUAAUGAACAGAAAAGGACAACUCAUAAGAAUUGUGAGCUAAGCCUUCAGGAGAGACAAAGUUGUAUCGCUUGUCGUCUACGCAAAUGUUUUGACAAUAAAAUGGACCCGUCAUUGAUUGAUCAGCGAAAGCGAACCGAAACCAAAACAGUGGCCGUAAUAGAGAAGUGUGCGAACACUUCGGCCACAAAUGCAUUGUCGGAUCCGUUUGACAUAUAUUUGGCCAAAACUGUGUCUCUGAUAAUUGAAACCAAUACAACACUACCAUUACAUAUACGCAAGGAUCAGCUCGAAGAGAUAAUCCACCCGUUGUUAAGUCAGAUCACAAUCGCAAUCGAGUCAAUCCGGCUUCCGGUACUGUCCGACAUGAGAGAUGAGAGAGCUUUCCUGUUGCUAUUAAAUCCACAAUUCAAGCAAUUCAAUAUUAAUAUACGAAUGUGUGCCAAUAUUAUGAAGCCCUUCACUAAUCUGUGCCAAUCCGACCCAAAAGUGCUUUCAUUCGGACUGACACUCGAAAGAUUAAGCAUUAUUAUAAUGACCAAAUCGAUAGAAUUUUAUAAAUCAUUAACUCCAGUGAUCCAGUCAAGAGACAAUCAACUCAUGCUGCCAUUGUCUCAACAAUUGGAUCAAUUGAGUGAUAUAUGUGCAAAUCAUAUUCAUAAGAUCACUGUAUCUCAUGUCAGUACUCAAACUGAAGAGUACAUCAAAUGA